AUCCACAAUUUCAUAAAAUCACGAAUCGUACGAGUGAUCGCCUCACUGAAGUCCAUGAACAUUUAUCAUGUUCAACACCUGCCAUUCGAUAAUACUGUAGUGUAACGAAAUAUGCCACCGCGACUUCAAAAUGUGGUGGCUUUGUGAGAGCGUGGAUGGUGUAUUUAGGGCUUCUUUCUCUGAUGCAACUGCUGAGGAUGUCUAAACGUAAGGUGUACGUGUAUCAUGGGGAAGGGGCUGAAGAGAAGUGUCGCAUGGAGCUGUUUGCAUCGCUGAAGGGGGCUGUUAAGGAGACAUACACAGUUGCUUAUAUUGAACCUGCUGACAUCAUCAAGGGUCACUGGGUCAAGGACGCUGCACUGCUUGCUGUUGGUGGAGGAUAUGACCUUGGUCUCAUCCGUGCACUGGGGGAUCGUGGGAUACAGAUUAUCCGAAACUAUGUCCUCCAAGGAGGGUCCUACCUCGGGUUGUGUUCAGGGGGCUACUUCGCCUGUGACUUUAUUGAAUUCGACAAAGGUGGACCCUUAGAUGUUUGUGGAGAAAGACAUCUGAAAUUUUUCCCAGGUCUCUGUGAAGGUCCCGUGUUUCCAAACUUCAAAUACAACUCCUUCCAAGGUGCAGUUGCAGUGCCCACAGAAUUCUGGGACUCAAAUCUGCAAAAGGUUGUGAAAUUUCAUUCCUACUUCAACGGAGGGGGGCAUUUUCAGCCAUACAACCAUGCCAAGGCCGUCAUGAAGGAUCACCUCGAAAACCAACUCUCUGGACAUACACUGGAAACCAUUCCCAGGGCAGCCAUUGACCAUCAGACAGACUUGGGAUCACCCUCAUGGGGAGAGAACUCUUUGCAUACCAGUGACUUAGUUCCAAAUUUUGAUAUUCUAGCCAAAUAUUCAUCAGUGGAAGGAGCUCCCGCUUCAAUUGUGAAAACAACAUUUGGCAGAGGUGUGGCUGUUUUGACAGGGAUCCAUAUAGAGUGCAGGGACGAUCAUUUUCCUUUAGACGACCCUUUUGUUGCAGCUAUGAUAGAUGAUUUAAAGAAAAGCGAGAAAACUAGACAACAAUGUUUUGAGUCCCUGCUACAUCAUCUAAGAUUAGAUUGUGAUAAAAAAAACUUAUUUAAUAAGUUGAAAUGAAAGUGAAAACUUCUUUGCUAAAAAUCCAUAAUAUUUUUGUUUGGCUUUCAUGCAGCUUGUUUUGCAGAGUUGUGACCCUUAGUCGUACCAGUAUUGGCUGAUCAUAGCCUCCAUUCCCUGAUUCAACCAAUUUGUGAUCCUUGGUGUGAUGGUGGUAAACUGCAUUACUUUCCCCCUGAUAUGACUUGAGAUAACUGACAUAUCAGUCAAAGCAUCUCCCACCCACCCUCCUCCUCCCUCCCUGUCAGCAGUUGUUGAUGCUAGAUAAGCAUACAAUGGCAUUUACUUUCUAGACUUAUCAAACGUAAUUAUUCAAGGUGUUUGAUAAUUUUGUAAACAGAGAAGUGAAUUUGAUAAUUCAGUAACUUGUCACGAGCUGAGCACUUUGAUCCAUAGUGUUCACAUUUUGACAUUUUUCAUAUCUAUAUUUUUAACAAAUCAUAAUUGAAAAGUAUGUAUUAUGAGUUUUAUUAUAGGUUUGUUAUGAUAUUUCUUCUAGUUAUAGGCAAUGGACUGUGAAAAUGCAGGUAUUCAGUGUAUUUCUAUUGGUAAUUGUAAACUGGUGUCAAUGCAAAUUGCUUUCAAAUGUUUGUUUAGAGUAUGAGGUGGUGGGGUAGUCUAGUGGUUAAGUAUUCACUCGUCACACCAAAGACCUGGGUUUGAUUCCCCACAUGUGUAAAAUGUGUGAAGCCCAUUUCCAGUGUCCCCUCUCAUAAUAUUGCUGGAAUACUGCUAAAAGCGGCGUAAAAUCACUCAGUUUAUCGUUAAGGGUAUUGGCCAAUCCCCAUUUUUAACCCUUGAGUUUUUAUUUUAACAGCUCUGGCUAUACCUCCUAAUACAUGUAAUGUUUCCUUUCCAAUGUGAAAGGAUUAUCAGUGUUGGCCCACUGAUAAUCAUAACUUAAUACAUCCUCAUAACUUUUUAUAAUUUAAUACAUCUGAAGUGAGGUAGUGAUCACUGGGGUACUUUCUGACGACAGGACAAAUCAGAGCCCAGGAUCCUGCUUAUAAUUUCAUCUUGAAAAAAACCCUGGAAUCCUUUGGGGGAAAAAAAGAUUAGUUCCAGAAUAAAUCUAGAAAAAAUGUUUGUCCACAAAUUGUUUGCUGACAUGCUGGAUAUCCUGAAAGAAAUGAGUUGUGAAAAACAAAUUAGAUUGCACAGGUUUUGAAGCAAUGACCCAAAACAUAUCCUGUCUCCAGGCAAAACCCAAAGACUCACAGAAUAUAAUGUUGUGACCCAUAAGGUUUUGCUGGAAUGAAAUCCAAAAUUCUCGCUCAAACUUUUGUGGUAUUGAUGCAUGUACAUGUAUCAUUAAACUUGGUAUAAACCUCAAGUAUGGGUCCCUGCUUGUGAAAAGGUUUUGAUCAAAUUACAUCUAAGGCCAAGGUCAUUGUUGCUGUUACACUUAUACCUAUACAGUCCUGAGACUUGGUAAUAGUUGGUAAUUGUCGUCUUGGUUAAGGUCAAGGUGUGGAAGUAAUGUUUGUGGACUGCAAAUACAGGGUGAUAUUUUAAGACUUUAGAAUACUUAGGGAAAUACCAGUGAAGGAUCUGCUUCUGUUUUUGCAAGUACUUGCAAACACCUCACGUUUGAUUUAGAGAGGCUGGUAUCCUGAAUAUGUUUCCUGAAAUCAUUUUCAGAUGAUGUAAGCUAUAGGUAUGGAAAUUGUUAUAAUUAGAAUAUUUAUGAUAUCCAGUACUGUUACAGUAAAUACCAGGGUUGUUGUGUUUCUUUUAAAUACAAAAAUGGAUACAACUACUGUACAAAUAAUCAGUGAUAAUGUUAAGGUUCCCCUUGACAAAGUUUGAGCUUCAGAUCAUGACAUGAUGUAUUAAUACAAAACAAGAUAUGUAUGUAGAAUAUCUAGAAAAUGUCUUACCUUGUGAAAAUGAAAUACUCUAUUGUGACAGUACAUAGAUGACUUUUGAUCCAUAACUAAUUUGUAUAGAAGUAAUGUAAUUUUUGUAAAAAAAUUUAUUAUUUCCCAUGUACAUGUACAAAUACAGCCAUAAGUGUCAUAUACAUCGCAGAGUAUUAAUACCACCAUGAGAAUUUUCAUGUAGAUCAGUGGGUAUUCGUACCAACAUACCAACAGUGUUUAUAAACACAUACUUGGAUAUUAGAAUCUUGGUCGUUUCUCUUUUUGAGAGGUAAUAUUAAUAACACUUAUUUAACUGGACAUUUGAAGAUAUUUAAGUAUUAUACAUAAUGUAAUUGAAUUUAAGUACUGAGAAUACGAAAACUACACUAAAAUACCGAACAAAUCAGAUAGGAGAAAUAUCCUCAUCUUUUGAGUAUGGAAAGAAGACUUGUAAUAUAAGGGUAACGCUAUUUGUCAGGGCAUUAUGAUUUGCAGAAGCCCGAGGUCUUCCAUUAACGUCCCGACGAAGGAGGGCAGUUGAAAAGUCAGAGGGCUUCUGCAAAUGAUAAUGCCCUGAAAAAAAGCGUUGCCAUUAUUAUAGCUAAAAUGGAUGGAAUUUGUUAUCAAAUAAAAAGAAACAACAAUAUCGACCAUCUGUCCGUUUUAGAUAUAAUUUCUGAUAACAUGCGGGCGGUUUAAUGAUAAUUCUAUUCAUUUUAGCUAUAAUGUAUAAUAUCACUAUCAUAAACUGACUUUUUAAUGUAAACAUACAAAUCAUAUUAGGGAAGCACAUUCCAGCUGUUUCCUGCAGAAUAGUUGCACAUGAUGAACAAAUGUGGUUUUGUUAAACUGGUUCGCUCUCUGUAUGUUUCUAGGUUUGUCAGCACUAUACCCAUGGACUUCAUGAUGAACAUUUAAGACCUGCAUCGCUUCAGGCUUUUCAGGGGGCACAGGUGGCCCAGUCAUCUAAGGCGCAGUUAUUCGCU